UCGGGAGUACACUACAGCAGAACACGCCGAGCCGAGGCCCGGGGCGCCACCCUGUUUGGAGGAGAGAGAGUGGACUGACCGGCGGGAGCGGGGAACUUCCCGGGGUUUGGGGGUAUUUUCCCCCCCGUCAGGCGGCAUUAAGAACUGGCCGAAAGGGGGGCGAGCGAGUCCUCCCGCUUUCGAGGAUGGUCUUCGAAUCGGUGGUGGUGGACGUUCUGAAUCGGUUCCUGGGCGAUUAUGUGGUGAACCUGGAUAGUUCCCAGCUUCAGCUGGGCAUUUGGGGAGGUCAGCUAAAUUUGCAAAUACCAUGGAAAAAUCUUUAUACUCAGCCAGUUGAAGCUGUUUUAGAUGAAGUUUUUCUGCUUAUAGUACCUACAGCUAGUAUUAAAUAUGAUGCUGAAAAAGAAGAAAAGCAACAGCUGGAAGCAAAACAAAAGGAAUUGCAAAGAAUUGAAGAUGCCAAACAAAAGAUUGCUGACAAAGAUAAAGCACAAGAAAAGCAAGAUACUUUCAUAGAAAAGCUAAUUACUCAAGUUAUAAGAAACCUUCAAUUGAAAAUUUCCAACAUCCAUAUACGAUAUGAAGAUGACAUCACAAAUAAAGAUAUUCCAUUGUCAUUUGGUAUCUCACUCGAAAAUUUUAGUUUACAGACUUCAGAUCAGGAUUGGAAUCCAUGUAUUCAAGAUGCAACCAAUAAAUUGUUCUAUAAGUUAGUUCGAUUGGACAACUUCUUUGCAUAUUGGAAUGUGAAGUCUGAAAUGUAUUAUCAUGGUGACUAUAAAGAAUCCUUG